CUGCAACAAAGAUAUAAGAAAGGAGACUACAGAUGCGUUAUCAGUAAAAUGGAAUGCCUCACAGACUCUAAUUGUACUGGCUUACUUAGUACCAGGAUGGAUAUGUGCUUUAUUAGACAAAAGUUAUUAAAUAAAAUAGACUUAUCUAAUAUUUCUAGUAAAUUUUUGCACAAAGUAAAAAAAAAACAAUUUAUUAUUACAAUAUGUAGCAUGUAA